AUGCGUUUCCAAUCUGUCGCUAUUUUGACCGGCGCUACCGCUGUCGCUGCUGGCAACACUGCCAACCUUCUGCUGCCCGGUUUCGGUGGUCAGGAUCUGCAAGCUGGUGUCGUCGAGACCAAUGGUGACGCGACUACCUACAAGAUUACCUGCCCCCAGACCGUCUCUGCUGGCGCCUGCGGUAUCGCUGGCGAGGGCCUGACUGCCAUCGCUGCCCCUACUUCCAUGCAACUGCAGAACAUUAACUUGCAGGGAACCACUGGAACCCUGUCCUGCAACAUCGCUGGCACCACCUACGCCUCCUGCCAGGCCUCUGCUGGCACCGCGACUCCUUCGGGAACUCUUGGCUCUGCUGAUAUGAACUGGAUGCCCGUGACCGUCACUGGUCCCUGCUCCACCAGCACCCCAACCCCUACGUCGACUCCUACGCCGACUUCCACCCCGACUGCCACUGCUACCCCUACUAGCACUGUUGUCACCACCUCCUCUUCCACCAUGUCAAGCGCCAUGUCUUCCCCCAAGAAGUCAUCCUCGGCCGUCGCUUCUUCUUCUUCCCAAUUGAUCACCUCCACCCCUCUGGUGGCAGCUCCCACCACUGGAGCCGUGAUCUCUGGAACCGGCGCCCCCGUCGCUUCCUCCACUGCCUUCAACGCUGCCGGUCAGGUCGCCAGCAGCUUCUGGACUGUCGGUGGUGCCUUCGUGGCUUUGGCCUGCGCUUUCGCUUAG